AUGGUGUAUAAGCUCCUCGAUGGCUUCCAGGAUUUUGCAUGUGCAUACCUGGACGACAUUGCGAUCUACACUGGUAGUAUUGAUGCUCCAUCUGUAGCCGGUGGUAACGAUGCUCAAUCUGUAGCUGGUGGUAACAAUGCUCCAUAUUUAGCUGGUAGUGACGAUGCUCCAUCUGUAGCUGGUGCUGGUAGUAACAAUGCUCCAUCUGGAGCUGGUAGUGACGAUGCUCCAUCUGUAGCUGGUGGUAACGAUGUUGCACCUGUAGCUGGUGGUAACAAUGCUCCAUCUGUAGCUGGUGCUGGUAGUGACCAUGCUCCCUCUGUAGCUGGUAGUAACGAUGCUCCAUCUGUAGCUGGUAGUAACGAUGCUCCCUCUGUAGCUGCUGGUAGUAACGAUGUUCCAUCUGUAGCUGUUAGUAACGAUGCUCCAUCUAUAGCUGGUGCUGGUAGUAACGAUGUUGCACCUGUAGGUGGUGGUAACGAUGCUCCAUCUGUAGCUGGUGGUAACGAUGUUGCACCUGUAGCUGGUGGUAACAAUGCUCCAUCUGUAGCUGGUGCUGGUAGUAACAAUGCUCCAUCUGGAGCUGGUAGUGACGAUGCUCCAUCUGUAGCUGGUGGUAACGAUGUUGCACCUGUAGCUAGUGCUGGUGGUAACGAUGUUGCACCUGUAGCUGGUGGUAACAAUGCUCCAUCUGUAGCUGGUGGUAACGAUGCUCCAUCUGUAGCUGCUGGUAGUAACGAUGCUCCCUCUGUAGCUGGUAGUGACGAUGCUCAGUCUGUAGCUGGUAGUGACGAUGCUCCCUCUGUAGCUGAUAGUGACGAUGCUCCAUCUGUAGCUGGUGCUGGUGGUAACAAUGCUCCAUCUGGAGCUGGUAGUGACGAUGCUCCAUCUGUAGCUGGUGGUAACGAUGUUGCACCUGUAGCUGGUGGUAACAAUGCUCAAUCUGUAGCUGGUGGUAACGAUGCUCCAUCUGUAGCUGCUGGUAGUAACAAUGCUCCAUCUGGAGCUGGUAGUGACGAUGCUCCAUCUGUAGCUGGUGGUAACGAUGUUGCACCUGUAGCUGGUGCUGGUGGUAACGAUGUUGCACCUGUAGCUGGUGGUAACAAUGCUCCAUCUGUAGCUGGUGGUAACGAUGCUCCAUCUGUAGCUGCUGGUAGUAACAAUGCUCCAUCUGGAGCUGGUAGUGACGAUGCUCCAUCUGUAGCUGGUGGUAACGAUGUUGCACCUGUAGCUGGUGGUAACGAUGCUCCAUCUGUAGCUGGUGCUGGUAGUAACAAUGCUCAAUCUGUAGCUGGUAGUGACGAUGCUCCAUCUGUAGCUGGUAGUGACGAUGCUCCAUAUGUAGCUGGUAGUGACGAUGCUCCAUCUGUAGCUGGUGCUGGUAGUAACAAUGCUCCAUCUGGAGCUGGUAGUGACGAUGCUCCAUCUGUAGCUGGUUGUAACGAUGUUGCACCUGUAGCUGGUGGUAACGAUGCUCCAUCUGUAGCUGGUGGUAACGAUGUUGCACCUGUAGCUGGUGGUAACAAUGCUCCAUCUGUAGCUGGUGCUGGUAGUAACGAUGUUGCACCUGUAGGUGGUGGUAACGAUGCUCCAUCUGUAGCUGGUGGUAACGAUGUUGCACCUGUAGCUGGUGGUAACAAUGCUCCCUCUGUAGCUAGUGGUAACGAUGCUCCAUCUGUAGCUGCUGGUAGUAACAAUGCUCCAUCUGGAGCUGGUAGUGACGAUGCUCCAUCUGUAGCUGGUGGUAACGAAGUUGCACCUGUAGCUGGUGGUAACGAUGCUCCAUCUGUAGCUGGUGCUAGUGGUAACGAUGCUCCAUAUUUAGCUGGUAGUGACGAUGCUCCAUCUGUAGCUGGUGGUAAUGAUGUUGCACCUGUAGCUGGUGGUAACAAUGCUCCAUCUGUAGCUGGUGCUGGUAGUAACAAUGCUCCAUCUGGAGCUGGUAGUGACGAUGCUCCAUCUGUAGCUGGUGGUAACGAUGUUGCACCUGUAGCUGGUGCUGGUGGUAACGAUGUUGCACCUGUAGCUGGUGGUAACAAUGCUCCAUCUGUAGCUGGUGGUAACGAUGCUCCAUCUGUAGCUGCUGGUAGUGACGAUGCUCCAUCUGUAGCUGGUGGUAACGAUGCUCUAUCUGUAGCUGGUGGUAACGAUGCUCCCUCUUUAGCUGGUAGUAACGAUGCUCCCUCUGUAGCUGGUAGUGACGAUGCUCAGUCUGUAGCUGGUAGUGACGAUGCUCCCUCUGUAGCUGCUGGUAGUAACAAUGCUCCAUCUGGAGCUGGUAGUGACGAUGCUCCAUCUGUAGCUGGUGGUAACGAUGUUGCACCUGUAGCUGGUGGUAACGAUGCUCCAUCUGUAGCUGGUGCUGGUGGUAACGAUGUUGCACCUGUAGCUGGUGGUAACAAUGCUCCAUCUGUAGCUGGUGCUGGUAGUAUUGAUGCUCCAUCUGUUGCUGGUAGUGACGAUGCUCCAUCUGUAGCCGGUGGUAACGAUGCUCAAUCUGUAGCUGGUGGUAACGAUGCUCCAUAUUUAGCUGGUAGUGACGAUGCUCCAUCUGUAGUUGGUGCUGGUGGUAACAAUGCUCCAUCUGGAGCUGGUAGUGACGAUGCUCCAUCUGUAGCUGGUGGUAACGAUGUUGCACCUGUAGCUGGUGGUAACAAUGCUCCAUCUGUAGCUGGUGCUGGUAGUAACAAUGCUCCAUCUGGAGCUGGUAGUGACGAUGCUCCAUCUGUAGCUGGUGGUAACGAUGUUGCACCUGUAGCUGGUGCUGGUGGUAACGAUGUUGCACCUGUAGCUGGUGGUAACAAUGCUCCAUCUGUAGCUGGUGGUAACGAUGCUCCAUCUGUAGCUGCUGGUAGUAACAAUGCUCCAUCUGGAGCUGGUAGUGACGAUGCUCCAUCUGUAGCUGGUUGUAACGAUGUUGCACCUGUAGCUGGUGGUAACGAUGCUCCAUCUGUAGCUGGUGGUAACGAUGUUGCACCUGUAGCUGGUGGUAACAAUGCUCCAUCUGUAGCUGGUGCUGGUAGUAACGAUGCUCCAUCUGUAGCUGGUAGUAACGAUGCUCCCUCUGUAGCUGGUAGUGACGAUGCUCCCUCUGUAGCUGAUAGUGACGAUGCUCCAUCUGUAGCUGGUGCUGGUAGUAACGAUGUUCCAUCUGUAGCUGUUAGUAACGAUGCUCCAUCUAUAGCUGGUGCUGGUAGUAACGAUGUUGCACCUGUAGGUGGUGGUAACGAUGCUCCAUCUGUAGCUGGUGGUAACGAUGUUGCACCUGUAGCUGGUGGUAACAAUGCUCCAUCUGUAGCUGGUGCUGGUAGUAACAAUGCUCCAUCUGGAGCUGGUAGUGACGAUGCUCCAUCUGUAGCUGGUGGUAACGAUGUUGCACCUGUAGCUGGUGCUGGUGGUAACGAUGUUGCACCUGUAGCUGGUGGUAACAAUGCUCCAUCUGUAGCUGGUGGUAACGAUGCUCCAUCUGUAGCUGCUGGUAGUAACAAUGCUCCAUCUGGAGCUGGUAGUGACGAUGCUCCAUCUGUAGCUGGUGGUAACGAUGUUGCACCUGUAGCUGGUGGUAACGAUGCUCCAUCUGUAGCUGGUGGUUUCCAGACUGCACUGACCUAUGCAGGUAAGUACCUUCUCCUCCCUCUGUUUCCCUAUUAA